UCAAAAUUGCUCCUCCCGCAUAUUCACGCAAGAGACGUGAAAGUCACAAACAAGGACUUCGCUCAAGAGAAGCUACUCCCGUAUACUACAAACCCUCCAAGAUGUCAUCGCCAUCUCGACCGGAAUUUGGCCUUCUUGAUCUAGAAGGAAAGGAAUACCACCGCUGGGUUUCCGACAUGGAACUCGCUUUCGAGAGCCGAGGGAUUGAAGGCAUGUUUGCCGACCCUCCUGCUGAUUUCCCACCCAUGGCUAAGACUCAGACUCUCAUCUUUAUGAGACGUCACAUCCAUGCAACUCUCAAGAGGCAAUACUUGAACGUAAAAGAUCCUAAAGAAUUAUGGGACAAACUACGCUUGCGGUACAACAACGUUCAUGAUAAGCUUCUUCCUGAAUUGACCGUUAGAUGGGACAACAUCCGUCUAUUGGACUAUAAGAGAGUGGAUGAUUUCAAUCAGGAUAUGCUAUGCUUGCAAUCCGAUCUUGGCACCGUUGGUGUCAUCAAGACCGACCUAGAUCUUCUCAAUAAGACAUUGGACACGUUUCCAAUCAACUAUGAGGUUCAAGCUCAUACGUACCGCACUCAUGUAGAGGAAGGGAAGAUCCGGUCUUUUGCCGACUUAAUGGCACUCUUAGCUAAGAAGGAGAGACAUUCUGAGAUUCUCCUCAACAACAACAAUAGACCUGUUGGUGGAAAGAUUUGCAAUCUUAGUUCCUAUUGGAAUUCAAGGGAGAUGAGCAAUAGUGAAUAUGGAGGAACAAAAUUUGCUUCUAGGAGUGAAAAGUUUCAAGAGCAACCAACAUUCCAGCAAUCCUUAAAGGGAGGCAGACUCGUAAGGAUCCCGACACAAGUUUGUGGUAGAGAUAUGCUAGCUCAUACAUAUUCCAUAAUUGAGAAGUCACUUGCUUCAGAGAGUGAUAAAUUUAAGGAGCAAACUUUGUGUUCUAAGAAUGAUGAAUCUAGAGAAGGUACCAUUGAGGUUGGAGAAUUUGUUCAGAGGAAUGUUUCUCGCGGUGAGUUGUACAAACCAUUGAAAGAUGCUCCUAUUAGGUUUGACAACUUUCAUGAAGACUUGAAUUGCAUGCAAGUCGCUGCGAUGUGCGUGUUUGAGGGAAAGAGUUAUUGUCCAAGGGUCAAGUUUGAGUGUUUCUCAAACUUGGCUAUCUCCUCUUACCAUUGA